UUGAGCACCUCAAAGUGAGCCUGGCUUCCCCAUUUGAUUAGUUAUUAGUCUGAGAGUAAGAAGUUGAAGUUUCUUCAUGUUCAGCCAUGCAAACCAUUGGGAGACGAUUUUAGACCUCUGGCACUUUAAUGCAGAAGAUUGAUCAGAAUCUGCUGAACUUCCGAAUAUUUUUGUGUCACAAAUUACAGAGGGUGGUAAAUAAAUAUCUCUCACUCUGAGUGUUAGCGGUCAUCUUGCUUACUGCCACAAAAGCAAAACAGGACAACAAAAGGACUCUCUCUCACCCUAAAUGUUGGAAUUCAAUAAGGGUCAAAAGCUGAAUUUCGAUGGAAACCAACACCUUCAUGAUCAUGAUGAUGAAUGUAACAAACAAUGUUUCCGACUGCACUCUCACAGCCAACCGGUUGGAGAAGGUGAUUCUUCCGAUCUUGUACUUGGUCAUCAUUUGCGUUGGGCUGCCAGCCAACUUCAUGGCCCUGUGGAUGCUUCUACAACACAGCAGGAAGCACGGUAUCCUUAUUUACCUAAUGAACCUUGCUAUGGCUGAUCUGAUCAAUUGCUUCACACUUCCCUUCAGAGCCACGUUGCUUUUCAUGGGAGACACCUGGAAGGAGAAUUCACCUACAUGUACCAUUGUAAUGAUUAUCAUUAACUUCAGUUUCUACUACACUGUCAGCUGCAGCACAAUUUUCAUUGCAUUUAUCAGCAUCAGCCGAUAUACCAUGAUUGUAAAGCCCAACAACAUGCAGCUGAAUAAGUUCUAUGAUACAAGUUUUGCACGGAUUGCCUGCACUGUCACCUGGAUAAUAGCCACAAUCCCCAUUCUUUCACUGAAUGUAAACUACUUCAUCAAGGAAUUGGACUUCACCAAUGAUCAGGAUCCUGUUUGUUAUAACAUCCAGUUGCAAUAUGGCAAAAGAGUGUCUGCCAAUGCAUUUGUUGCAGUUGCAGUAAUUUUCUUGAUUAUUUUAGCCAUGUUUGCUUUUUCUUAUGCAUCAAUAGCACUCCAUCUGUGCAUGGUGAGGAGAAAAAGCAUAAGUCAACACAAUCGAGUGAUCCAUGUGCGAGCACAAAUGAUCAUCAUUGCUGCUAUGACUGGAUUCAUCGUCUGCCAUUUGCCUUAUCAUGUUUAUCAGAUAAUCACUGGGCUGCAGAGAUUAAGAAACAGCAGCUGCGAGCACCUUCUGGGGACACAUCAUGUGAAACUGAUAACACUAUGGUUUGUUUCAUUGAGUAGCUGCCUGAAUCCUAUUCUGUACUUCCUACUGUCAAAAUCCUUCGUGGAAAACCGAUCAAAGAGAAAGUCAUCUGACAUGUGAUAUCAUCUUUGGAAUCACAGGCCCACAGAGCGAAAACAAAACCUUCAAUAGUUUGAUGUUGAGGCUCACAGAUCUUUGCACUAGUGUGCUGACGUGUUUACUAUUUUUAAAAGUAGUAAACAGUCAAUGUUGGAAAGCCCCAACUGUGUUCUGCAUGAUCAGGCUAUUGGGACAUUACUGUCAAUGUGUCAUCAAUCAAAUCUCUCAGAUAAAGAAUUUGUAUUGAGGCAAAAAUUAAGAAAUGAACAAGCAAGUAAGGACGCAGUGUGAUGACAAGAAGGAAUAAAAUUGCCUCCCUGAAAAACAAUUAGCUGGUGUUUGCAAUAAGUGAACUCUUCUACAAAAACAAACCAAGAUCCCCUCUAAAGGUAAUGUAAAAUUCAACCCUCAAAACAAGGGCAAUCUGAGAGGGUAAGAAAGUAGCUGGGAGCAUUAAAUAGAACCCACCAAGAGACAAAUGGGACAAGGUUAAAAAAUUACCAAUUAAUUUGUUGCUCUAACAGAAAUAUUCAGGCAAUUAGGAUGGAACAUUAGUUUCAUUUCAUUAGUUUUCACCAAUCUGUCCUGGAUGUUUCUUUGCUGUAAUGUGCUUGCUUUACAAACAUGGUGGUCAUAUCUGCCUCAGCCUCACUCAGGCAAUCAAAAAAAAAACAGCUUUAACUAAACGUUUGGUAAUAAACAGAUCAUUAGUUCCACAUUGUUGGGAAGGUCUAUCUUAUCUCAAGGGCUAGUGUUAGAACACAUCUAAAUUUGAGACAGGUUAAGCAGGACAUUUUCAUUGCUUCUUUAGGUGCUAACGUGGUUUCCGAGGUAACCAAAAUGAACUGAAAUUGUGGUUUAACCUACAGUUACUGCGAGGUACUUUAAAGUUAUUAAAGCUAGUACAGGGUCUGGCCUCCUGGAGAAGUGGUUGCUAAAGAGGCCUCAUGGCAUUUUAACCUAAACCCUUCUGCUAACAGUGACCAACUGAAUAGGAUGAUGUAAAAAGUUAUUGCAAAGAAUGUCCAGUGCCAUUAGCAGGUCCAUCACCCUUUACUGUUGGAGGAUUGAAGAAAGUGACUUUUGAAACACUUCUGAAGACUUUCUGUGACUAUUUGUGCAUUCACCAACACUUCUAUUGACAUUUAGAUAUUUUUCUAAUCAACAUGUUCAGAGACAUUAUUAUACAUUUCUGGAGCAAUUGAGAAUUGAACCUUAGCGUAUUGGUUCAGAGUUAGGGACACUACCAUUGUACCAAAAGAGCCAUUCUAUUGAUAUUUAUUUUGACAUUCUCAAUGAGUUUCAUCUGAUGAAGGUAAAAAAAAAAUCAAAGUGCUGCGGAUUCUGGGAAUCGGAAAUUAAAACAGAAAUUGCUGGAAAAGAUCAGCAGCAUUUGUCUGGCAGCUUCUGUGGAGAGAAAGCAGAGUUAACUGCUGAAGAAUGCUGUUCUGAAGAAGGGUCUCUGGACGUAAAAACAUUACCUCUGUCUUCUCUCUAUGGAUGCUGCUAGACCUGCUGGGUUUUCCCAGCAAUUUCUGUUUCACCUGAUAAGGUGCUGCAUUAUCUCACUUUCUCAGAGAUUCCAGAGUAUCUUUCCAGGGAUUGCCCCCGACUUGCAUGAGGCUUGGGAGAGCAGCACCAGCUAUGACAGGAGGGAGUGAUGGGAUGUCAAAGCCGUGAUUUCUCUGCUCUGUAUUUACAGGAGAUCUGUCCUGUUCUGGACCUCCUCUAGCAGGUUCUCCGAUGCCAUGUUUGUGAACUUGUGCAUGCUCUCUGUCAGACCGUAAACCUGUUACUGCAUAUCUGCCAGACCAUGUUCACACCCGCAGUGGAACUAGGUGUGUGAAAUCCACAUCUGCCGAUCCACAGAAAUUGGUUCUAACCAGGACUCAAGUUCCAAAUCUGCAGAUUUCUGUUUGACUACUCAAGUGAUGGUCAUCAGCAAUUUAGGAGCAGAGUUUGGAUAUAAAAAACAAUCUUUCAAACAAGUGUUAAUGCAAAACCAAAUUCUAUGGAUGCUGAAGUUUUGAAAUGGAGAUACUUAACAGGCCUGGCAGCAUCAGCAAAGAGAAAAACAGAGUGAACGUUUCAGGUCAAUGACCAUUCAUCGAGACUUAAUUUGCUUCCAGCUCCAAUGAAAAGUUAUCGAUCUGGAAGGUUGGUCUGAAUUAUCAUUCCUGGGUGCCAAUCCCAAUGCCUAUAUUCCAGGGCAGGAACCCAGAUGUGGCGAUAUUGGGACCCCGGAGAAGAUUUUCAAAGAGGUGGCUCGGUAUCAGGUUGUCUCUGAGAGCUCCAGUAAACAAUUGAGGCCCUUAAAUCUGGGGCAUAUGGGAACAGCUAAGGUUCUGAUCCCCAGUGGGAGAUCUGGACAUAAGUUAUUGUAAGAGGGGGGCUACAAAGACAUCUCAAAGUGGAGGCACCCUGUAAAAUCUUGUAAAUAUUUCAAAAUAUACUGUGGCAACAGUGGCCAAGGUACCACUGCAGUGGUGGGAAUCCCUCCACUUCAGACCAGCAGAUGCAUCCUGAGCUGCUUUGCAGGAUGUACCUCUGGGUCAUUGCUUCUCUAGGAGGAAGCCAGCACCAUGUUAUCUACAAGCUCCAGUAACUUCAAAGGGCUUUAACCACAUGGGAGAUUGAUACAUUUGUCACUCUAAUUGGCCUAACUGACUACAGCAUUUAGCCAUCAACUUCUGGGAAGUCCUUCAUUAUAAAAGCCCACAGGUGGAAACAUUGAGGGGUGACACAGUGCUCAGAGCUUUACAACACCAGGGACCCAGGUUUGAUUCCAGCCCUGGGUGACAGUCUGUGUAGAGUUUUCACAUUCUUCUCAUGUCUGUGUGUGGGUGCUCUGGUUUCCUGCCACAAUCUAAAGAUGUGCAGGUCAGGUGGAUUGGCCAUGGGAAAUGCAGGGUUACAGGGGUAGGGUGGGUCUUGAUGGGGUGCUGUUUUGCUGUUCCAAAAGUCAGUAUGGACUCGAUGGGCCAAAUGGCCUGCUUCGGCACUGUAAGGAUUCUAAGCCUGUGUGCUAAUAUUCCACAAUCAAAAUAAUAAUCUGUUGCAUUUUUAAUUAUUAUUGUAGCUUAAGAGUUGUAAUUUAAAUGUUAUGUAAUCAAGUAAUAUCUGCUGUAUUGAUUUUCUGCUAUUGAUGACUUUUUAUUUUUAAUAAAUCAAUUUAGUUUAUAACCUUAA